AUGUACACCAAUGACGAAGAUCUAAAUUUCGAAUAUGAUUUUCAUUUGAUACAUAUUGAAAAAUUUCAUUUUGAUAAAGUACUUUUAAAUUUGUUUCAUAGAGAGGAAGUAAAUCUAAUUUUACAAUUUAUUCAAUUAGAAACAUUAAUUCUUGAUAAUAUUGAUGCAAAAUAUCUUCACAAUAUUCUCAAACAUUCUAUUCUUUUACCAAAACUCUAUUCAUUAGUUCUUACACCUAUUGAUUAUGUGCAAGAUCCAAGUAUUAUUUUUAUUUACAUAUUUCGUUUACCAAAAUUAAAAUCUUGCAAAUUUACAUAUCAAACAAAAGAUAAUCAAGAACCAUUGCCGUUUUUUUUAGUUGAUCUUAAACGUAGUUCAAUUGAAUAUCAUGUAAUAAACAGUCGUUUUCCAUUUGAUUCUUUAAAUGAUUUCUUUUUUUGUCUUCCAAAUCUUCGUUAUUUAUCAAUUAAUUGUCUUGUUGGAUCUCGUUAUAGUGAUAUUCAUAAUUAUCCUAUUAAAAAUUAA